AAGAACGGAGAGCGCGAAGAGUCCACGCUAUGGUCCACGCGCCCUGAUGCUGCGCCUACCUUGGAGCGGCUCAAACUGAAUUCUGAGGCUAUAUACAAAAUAAUUACGGCACAUACAUACAAUAACUUAUCUUAAUUAAUUCGGUAUUUCUUCAAUAGCUCUUAGUAUUUUAGUGAGUUUAAAUCUUAAUAUGGAGAUAAGUACUGAAGGAUCUGUUCGUGGUAUGUUUACUUGUGAAACGUGUGACCUGUCAACGCCGUUCACAUACUAUGGUCAGAAGCCUCCGAACACAAGAGCCAUAGUGCUCCUGGAAGAAUCAUAUGUGUUAAAGGAUCCUUUCAGCCCUAACAGAGACAAGUUCAUCGUUUUGGGCGCAAAGUGCACCUUGUGCAGUAUGGUGGUUUGCAUCGGCACGGAUUGCAGUCUAUUUUACACCAAACGAUUUUGUCUACGAUGUGUAAGGGAAAAUCUGGACCAGUUCCCCCAACAGAUUCAGGCUGAACUGGCGAAAAAGAAAGUUCCCCAGCACACAUAGACUGAAUUACAAAUGUGCAACCUAUGUGUGUGUUCCCUCGGAGAUAGAGAUGGAGAUAAUGUUCUCAGAAUGGCACCAGACUUUGUCUCCUGAAUGGCCUUGCUCCUGCUCUGACAGGCAUUUACUCUACUAAAAACAUCCUCAGAUUCAGAAACUCAAACAGGUGAAUUCCACAGGACACUUAAGCCAUCAAUAUACAUUCUAAUGUAGUGUAUUUUAAUUAUCUGAUUUAACUGAUACAUUAGAUUGGUUGUUUUAGUGUCUAUUUUGAGAGGUAUAUUGAAAAUGCUUACGUUUCAGCAUUGAUGAGUCGAUAGUUAAUAUUUAGAUCUUUUACUGAGUACUUUGAGUAUUUUGUUAGAAAUGCAAUUUGUGAUGCAAACAAAAUAAAAUGUUUGUCUACCAUUACCAACAAA